AUGACUGAACCCCGACACCAAACACCAGCACCCAUGUAUAGCGAAGAUCCCGAGCCAGUCUACCCAACACCUCUCGCCCACCCAACCCCAAUCCACGCAAUGCAUACCGGAGGCCCAGUGAGCCCAACCUCCGAAGCAAACACAUACCAAAGCCAGAGCCAGGCAAUGCCAGACCCUCUAUACAACCCCGCUCCGUUGAACGGCCACCAAGAAAAACAAUACCCACACCAGCCGGACGCGAUCAGCCAAGCGCCAGAAUAUGGCAUUAUAUCCGGUUCUCACGAAAAGGCUUACGAGGGUCAGCCCUUGCACCAGCAGGGCCCGUCUCAGCCAAAUCAAUAUUACACGCCCUACGGCCAUCCCAGUGGAUAUGCGACAGCGGUGCCGUUGCAUAGCGUUCAGUCGGCGCCUUGUCCGGUUGAUUGUCCGGUGUGUGGGGAACGCGAGAUGACGCGUAUCAAACCGAUUUCUGGUGGGACUACACAUGGCUGGGCGGCUGUUCUUUGCUUUUGUUGCUGCCUUGGUUGUAUCCCUUACUUGAUGUCUUCGCUGAAGGAUGUUGAGCAUUCCUGCGGCAAGUGCGAUGCUAAGCUGGCGGUUUGGCAUAACAGUGGACGAGUCCAGGUUUUGCAGAAUGGUAAGAGAAAGUGA